AUGACUGCACCGCAGAGCAGGGCCUCUCCAAAAAAGGGAGAUUUAACUGCAGCUGAGAAAGAAAUGCUACAGGUUGUUGUUUCAGGAAAUAUUCAGGAGGCCUUGAAGCUACUUAGUGGUGGAGAUGUUCGGGUAAACUGUUUAGAUGAGUGUGGCAUGACUCCACUCAUGCAUGCCGCAUAUAAGGGAAAAGCAGACAUGUGUCAACUGCUUCUGCAACAUGGAGCUGACGUCAACUGUAACGAGCAUGAAUAUGGUUACACUGCUCUCAUGUUUGCCGGGCUUUCAGGAAAUUCAGAGAUUACACGGAUGAUGCUGGAUGCCGGGGCAGAGACUGACCUGGUCAACUCAGUGGGCCGAACAGCUGCUCAGAUGGCAGCUUUUGUUGGGCAGCAUGACUGUGUGACUGUGAUCAACAACUUCUUUUCGCGGUCGAGGUUGGAGUACUACACCAGACCUCAAGGUUUAGAAAGAGAACCCAAACUCCCGCCUAAACUGGCAGGACCUUUACACAAGAUCAUCAUGACUACCAAUCUAAACCCUGUCAAGAUGGUUAUGUUAGUGAAGGAGAACCCUCUGCUGGUGGAUGUUGCUGCUCUAGAGAAGUGCUACCGUGUGAUGGACUUGCUCUGUGAGCAGUGUGUGAAACAGCAGGACAUGAACGAAGUGCUGGCCAUGAAGAUGCAUUACAUCAGCUGUGUGCUACAGAAGUGCCUGGCAUUCCUGCAGGAACGGGAUGACAAACUGGACGCACUUUUAAAGAGCUUACUGAAAGGCCGAGACGGUGACGGCUUUCCGCAGUAUCAGGAGAAGUUUAUCCGCGACUGCAUCCGGAAGUUUCCGUACUGUGAGGCAACCUUGCUCCAGCAGCUGGUUCGGAGCAUCGCUCCUGUGGAAAUUGGAAACGACCCGACAGCCUUCUCGGUUCUGACCCAGGCACUGACGGGCCAGAUGGCACUCAUGGACGCUGAGUUUUGUGCUACAUGCGGUGAGAGAGGAGCAGACAAGAGAUGUUCCCUCUGCAAAAUGGUGAUUUACUGUGGUUCAGCCUGUCAGAGGCUGCACUGGUUCACUCAUAAGAGGAUUUGCAAAGCCUUACAGGAGCAGAGAGUGUGCCGGGAACGAGACACUCCCAGACUCAGAGAGGUCCCCGACAAUGGUGCCAAUCAGUCCAUCUUCAUCUCCACCUUUAAGUAG